ACUGCUUCGAGACCCCGCCUCUGCGUGUCCCGCAGAGGCGGCGGAAACUGGGGUUGCCCCUCAGAGGGGAUGUGAGCGGUUUCCUCUCAGAGGCCUGCGGUCCCGCAGCCUCCGCCCCUCCUGUCCCAGUUCGGCGGUGCCCAGUGCAUCCGUGCCGCCGUCAUGGAUCUGAAUUUAAACCGAGCGGAUUAUUUACAGGUGGGCGUGACCUCUCAGAAGACUAUGAGACUACUUCCUGCCUCAAGACAAAGGGGUACACAAAAGGUGGUUAUUGGUGAUCAGGAUGGGGUAGUUAUGUGCUUUGGCAUGAAGAAAGGAGAAGCAGUGACAGUGUUUAAGACCUUACCAGGGCAGAAGAUUGGAAGAUUGGAACUUGGAGGGGUUCUUAACACACCCCAGGAGAAAAUUUUUAUUGCUGCAGGAUCUGAGAUUAGAGGCUUCACAAAGAGAGGAAAACAGUUCCUCUCUUUUGAAACAAACCUCACUGAAAGCAUUAAAGCUAUGCACAUAUCUGGCUCUGACCUCUUUCUCAGUGCAAGUUACAUCUAUAACCAUUAUUGUGACUGCAAGGAUCAACAUUAUUACCUUUCUGGGGACAAAAUCAAUGACGUCAUCUGCCUUCCAGUGGAAAGAGUACUUCGUGUUACACCAGUAUUGGCCUGCCAGGACAGAGUACUCAGAGUUUUACAGGGAUCUGAUGUGAUAUAUGAAAUUGAAGUUCCUGGCCCACCUACUGUUUUACAACUGCACAAUGGAAAUGGCGGUGACUCUGGAGAAGACCUUUUGUUUGGAACAUCAGAUGGAAAACUUGGACUUGUUCAGAUUACUACAUCCAAACCAAUACACAAGUGGGAAAUUCGAAAUGAGAAAAAGAGGGGAGGUAUUUUAUGUGUGGACAGCUUUGACAUUGUGGGUGAUGGGGUUAAAGAUUUACUUGUUGGGAGAGAUGAUGGAAUGGUGGAAGUGUAUAGUUUUGAUAAUGCAAAUGAGCCUGUUCUACGAUUUGAUCAGAUGUUGUCUGAAAGUGUCACAUCUAUCCAGGGUGGUUGUGUAGGGAAGGAUGGCUAUGAUGAAAUCGUGGUAUCCACAUAUUCAGGCUGGGUUACAGGUCUGACAACAGAGCCUAUAUAUAAGGAAAGUGGACCAGGAGAAGAACUAAAAAUUAAUCAGGAGAUGCAGAAUAAGAUUUCUUCUUUACGGAAUGAGUUAGAACAUUUGCAGUAUAAGGUACUACAGGAGCGAGAGAAAUAUCAACAGUCUUCUCAAUCAAGCAAAGCAAAAUCAGCAGUACCUUCAUUUAGUGUAAACGACAAGUUCACAUUAAAUAAAGAUGAUGCCAGCUACAGUCUUAUCUUAGAGGUUCAAACAGCAAUAGAUAAUGUCUUAAUACAGAGUGAUGUUCCAAUAGAUUUGCUUGAUGUGGAUAAAAAUUCUGCUGUUGUCAGCUUUAGCAGCUGUGAUUCUGAGUCAAAUGACAACUUUCUUCUCGCCACUUAUCGGUGCCAGGCAAAUACCACAAGGCUGGAACUCAAGAUUCGCUCAAUCGAAGGCCAGUAUGGCACACUUCAAGCAUAUGUAACUCCGAGGAUUCAACCCAAAACCUGUCAGGUCCACCAGUACCUUAUCAAACCCCUUUCACUCCAUCAAAGAACUCACUAUAUUGAUCAUAACAGACCCAUGAAUACACUGACUUUAACAGGCCAGUUCAGUUUUGCUGAAGUUCACUCCUGGGUGGUUUUUUGCUUGCCUGAAGUUCCUGAAAAACCUCCAGUAGGAGAAUGUGUGACAUUUUACUUUCAGAACACUUUCCUGGAUACACAACUUGAAAGUACCUAUAGAAAAGGAGAAGGAGUUUUUAAAUCUGACAACAUUUCUACUAUAUCCAUCCUAAAAGAUGUGCUCUCUAAAGAAGCUACAAAAAGGAAAAUUAACCUCAACAUAUCAUAUGAGAUAAAUGAAGUAUCAGUCAAACACACCUUAAAGCUAAUCCACCCAAAGCUGGAGUACCAGUUACUUUUGGCUAAGAAAGUGCAGUUAAUUGAUGCUUUAAAGGAAUUGCAGGUUCAUGAGGGACAUACAAAUUUUCUGAUACCAGAAUAUCGCUGUAUUCUUGAAGAAGCAGAUCACCUACAGGAAGAAUAUAAAAAGCAACCUGCACAUCUUGAAAGACUAUAUGGUAUGAUCACCGAUCUUUUCAUAGAUAAGUUCAAGUUCAAAGGCACCAAUGUGAAAACCAAAGUACCUCUUUUACUGGAGAUUCUGGACAGUUAUGACCAAAAUUCAUUGAUUGGUUUCUUUGAUGCUGCAUGAAAUAUAAACAAGGUAAAGUUCCAAACAGUUGUCUGUUUAAAUUACAAGCUAACUUUAUAAACUUUUAUUUCAAGUGAUUUUUAGUAUUAUCAAAAAAUAUCAAGAUAUGACUUUUUUUAGUAAUACCUCUUUCUUUUGAGAAACAGAACUUUUUUAAAAUUAGAAUUUUUAUUUUUAAAACAAGUAGAAUGAUUAUAAGGGAUUUUAAUGAAAUUUUU